UGUUGUUUUUUUGACGUGUGUCUGACAUGCAGCUGUCAGCUCCUCCAGCUGUCCACUGACCUUCAUCAUCAUCAUCAUCAUCAUCAUCAUGGCCGCUAGAUCAGGCUGCAGGUGUGCUGUGUACCUGCUCGUUCUGUCAGGAUGUAUCGCUGCGUCUCAGAGGAACGACAAUGUCUACGUCUCAGGGAUCUCUAACGCCUGUGGGGACGUGGCAGAGCUGCUGCGAGCGUCGAGUGGUGUCAUCACCAGUCCUGGUUGGCCCUUCCAGUACCCGGCUCGUCUCAACUGCAGCUGGAACAUCAGAGCCAGACCAGGGGACACCAUCACCAUCAGCUUCCAGGACUUUGACCUGCAGGGGUCUCACCGCUGCUCGUCAGACUGGAUGUCCAUCAGCAGCUACAGGAGUCUGGACGGUCUGAGGGUCUGUGGCUCCGCCCUGCCUCCACCCUACAUCUCCACCCAGGACCAUGUGUGGAUCCACUUCCACUCUGACGACAGUCUGACGGGGAAGGGCUUCAGACUGUCCUACGUCACAGGUAAACCGGAGGCGUCCAGCUGUGACGUGGACCAGUUCCACUGCUCCAACGGGAAGUGUGUCCCGGACUGGUGGCGUUGUAACUCGAUGGACGAGUGCGGCGACAACUCUGACGAGGAGCUGUGCGUGGAGUCGCCCUUCUCCUUCCAGCCCUGCAGCCUGAACCAGUUCCCCUGCCUGUCCCGCUACACCCGCAUCUACACCUGCCUGCCGCACAGCCUGCGCUGCGAUGGCAGCAUCGACUGCCAGGACCUGGGCGACGAGAUCGACUGUGACGUCCCAACCUGCGGAGAGUGGCUGAGGAACUUCUACGGCUCUUUCAGCUCACCAAACUACCCCGACUUCUACCCUCCAGGAAGUAACUGCACCUGGCUGAUCGACACCGGCGACCACAGGAAGGUCAUCCUGAGGUUCACGGACUUCAAACUGGAUGGGACCGGUUAUGGCGACUACGUGAAGGUCUACGAUGGUCUGGAGGAGAACCCUCGCCGUCUCCUCAGGGUGCUGACCGCCUUCGACUCCAGGGCGCCGGUGGCCGUGGUGUCAUCGUCCGGUCAGCUCCGAGUUCACUUCUACGCCGACAAGAUCAACGCAGCCAGAGGGUUCAACGUCACCUACCAGGUGGACGGUUUCUGCCUGCCGUGGGAGGUUCCGUGUGGGGGGAACUGGGGCUGUUACACGGAGCAGCAGCGCUGUGAUGGGUACUGGCACUGUCCCAACGGUCGAGAUGAGCUCAACUGUUCAACGUGUCAAGAGGACGAGUUCCCGUGUUCUAGAAACGGAGCGUGUUACCCUCGAUCAGACCGCUGCAACUACCAGAACCGCUGCCCCAACGGUUCUGACGAGAAGAACUGCUUCUUCUGUCAGCCGGGGAACUUCCACUGCAAGAAUAACCGCUGUGUGUUUGAGUCAUGGGUGUGUGAUGCUCAGGACGACUGCGGCGACGGCAGUGAUGAGGAGAGCUGUCCUGUCAUCGUCCCCACCAGAGUCAUCACUGCUGCCGUCAUCGGCAGCCUCAUCUGCGGCCUCCUGCUGGUCAUCGCCCUCGGCUGCACCUGUAAACUCUACUCGCUGCGCAUGUUCGAACGGAGAUCAUUUGAGACGCAACUGUCCAGAGUGGAGGCGGAGCUACUGAGGAGGGAAGCCCCGCCCUCUUAUGGUCAGCUGAUCGCCCAGGGCUUGAUCCCACCUGUGGAGGAUUUCCCAGUGUGCUCCGGGAGCCAGGCGUCCGUCCUGGAGAACCUCCGUCUGGCUGUCCGAUCUCAGCUCGGCUUCACCUCCCUCAGACUGCCGUCCUCCGGUCGUCAUAGUAACCUGUGGCGCCGUCUCUUCACCUUCUCGCGGUCUCGGCGGUCUGGAUCGUUGGCUCUGGUGUCAGCUGACCUGGAGGACAGCGCCGGGACAGGGAGCACUGGGAGUUCUGGUUCAGACCUGCUGUCUCCGGACUCUGACGACACAGAUACUGAGGGCGAGCGGGGGCGGGACCGAGGCAUGGGUGCGGUGGGCGGGCCCGUCGCCCCUCUCCCCCAGAAGACCCCACCCUCCACUGCCGUAGAGGCCGUGGUGUCUGUGACGACGUCCUCAACCUCUGUGACGCCGACACCUGUCUGCGACCGAGGUCGUGACAGGCCCAGAGAGGCCCCGCCCCCCUCCAGCCCCGUCACCGUGGUAACCUCCAGCCCAGAUCCUGAAUGUCACAGCGACGCCUCCGAGCUCCAGACUCCGCCCACCUCCGCCCUGCAGCGGCUGGCCCAGAACCUGCACCGCCUCGCCAGAAACCUGACCAGAGCCAGCCAGAACCAGCAGGACCACACCUGGACCAAUCACAGCCCACUGCGCCAGCUGGAGACAGGAAGAGGCGGGGCUGAGGCCACGGAGCAGCGAGGAAACAGAGAAGAAGAAGAAGACGUGGAGCUCCUGAUCCCCGUCUCCGACUCUGACUCCUCGUCCUCCUCACUGAUCAGCGACGUCCGGCAGCCGCUGCUGGAGCCACACCCCUCCUCCACCACCAGCCACACCCCCCAUCACCACCGUGGAAACGGUUGUCGAGGAGGGCGGGACGGCCCCUGUGAACACUGUGGGAUGGUCCACACGGCUCAGAUCCCCGACGCCUGUCUGGAGGCCACGGGCAAGACGGAGAGCAGUGACGACGAACUGCUGCUGCUCUGCUAACAGGAUGACAGGCAGGCUAACACGCUAACAGGCAGGCUAACACUUCAGACUGGACUAUAAUUACCUAACUAGAGUCAUGAAGCUAACACUACAACUAGCUAACAGGCUAACACUUUAGACUGGACUACAGCUAGCUAACUGGAGUUAUGAAGCUAACACUACAACUAUCUAACAGGCUAAAUAUUCAAACUGGACUACAACUAGUUAACAGGCUAACUCUUCAGAGAGGACAAUAAUUUGCGAACAGGCUAACACUUCAAACUGGACUACAACCAGCUAAAAUACAUACACUUCAGACUGGACUACAAUAGCUAACAGGCUGACGCUUCAGAUUGGACUACAACUAGCUAACAGGCUACCUCUUCAGACUGAACUACAACUAGCUAACAGGUUAACACGUCAGACUGGACUAUAUCUAGCUAAUAGGCUAAGAUUUCAGACUGCACUACAAUUAGCUAAUAGGCCAACAUUUCAGACUGGACUACAACCAGCUAAAAUACAUACACUUCAGACUGGACUACAAUAGCUAACAGGCUAACUCUUCAGACUGAACUACAAUUAGCUAACAAGCUGACGCUUCAGAUUGGACUACAGCUAGCUAACAGGCUACCUCUUCAGACUGAACUACAACUAGCUAACAGGUUAACACGACAGACUGGACUAUAUCUAGCUAAUAGGCUAAGACUUCGGACUGGACUACAACUAGCUAAAAUGCAUACAUUUCAGAUGGGACUACAGUUAACUAACAGGCUAACAUUUCAUGCCAUAAUACAGUUAGAUAACAUGCAUAUAUUUCAGGCUGGACUACAACUAGCUAACAGGCUAACACUUCAGUCCAGACUAAAGCUAGCUAACAGGCUAACAUUUCAGGCCAGAAUACAGUUAGCUAACAUGCAUAUAUUUCAGGCUGGACUACAACUAGCUAACAGGCUAACACUUCAGUCCAGACUAAAGCUAGCUAACUGGAGUUGUGAGGUUAACACUACAGCUAGCUAACAGGCUAACACUUGAGACUGGACUACAGCUUGCUAAUUGGAGUCAUGAAGCUACACUACAACCAGCUAACAGGCCAACAAUUUAGACUGGACUACAGUUAGCUAACUGGAGUCAUGAUGCUAACACUAUAGCCACACCUGUUAGCAUGUUAGCUGGGUUAAAGAUUAGCUCUCAGUGAUGUCAGAGCUGGUAAGACCAAUCAGAUGCCAGGGGUGUGAUGAUGUCACUGGUUGGAUUCAGAUGUCGGUACGGUUUUAACUCCACUGUUGUUUCCCUCGAUGCAUCCGUUAAAAGGUUCCCCUACUCCCCAGCUUGAUGGUACGACUGUGAGUCCUGACACAACAGACUUAUCAGAGGAACCUUCUGUGGGUGCCACACUUUAAAGGGUCCUCUCUUUGUUUCUGAGGAGGGUCAUGUGACCAGAGGGGUGGAGGUGCCUUGUUACUGUUAGCGUGACCUUGAAGAGCUGAUCGACGGGUAUCAGCUAGCAGGCUAGUUUCUGUUAGCAUCACCUGAAGAGCUGAUCCACAGGUAGCAGCUAGCAGGCUAAUAUCUGUUAUCUGUGUAACCUGAAAAGCUGAUCCACAGGUAGCAAGUAGCAGACUAGUUUCUGUUAGCAUCACCUGGAGAGCUGAUCCACAGGUAGCAGGUAGCAAACUAGUUUCUGUUAGCAUCACCUGAAGAGCUGAUCCACAGGUAGCAGGUAGCAGACUGGUUUCUGUUAGCAUCACCUGGAGAGCUGAUCCACAGGUAGCAGGUAGCAGACUAGUUUCUGUUAGCAUCACCUGAAGAGCUGAUCCACAGGUAGCAGCUAGCAGGCUAAUAUCUGUUAUCUGUGUAACCUGAAGAGCUGAUCCACAUGUAGCAGGUAGCAGACUAGUUUCUGUUAGCAUCACCUGGAGAGCUGAUCCACAGGUAGCAGCUAGCAGACUAGUUUCUGUUAGCAUCACCUGAAGAGCAGAUCCAGAGGUAGCAGGCUAGUUUCUGUUAGCAUCACCUGAAGAGCCAAUCCACAGGUAGCAGCUAGCAGGCUAGUUUCUGUUAGCAUCACCUGAAGAGAUGAUCCACAGGUAGCAGCUAGGAGGCUAGUUUCUGUUAGCAUCACCUAAACAGAUGAUCCACAGGUAGCAGCUAGCAGGCUAGUUUCUGUUAGCAUCACCUAAAGAGCUGAUCCACAGGUAGCAGCUAGCAGGCUAGUGCCAGCGUAACCUGAUCAACAGGAAGCAGUUUGAUAACCACUGAUGCUAACGCUAACUGGGCUACCUCCUCAGGUCAUGUGACCCUCGUCAAGCUUGUCAUGGCAAUCUCUUUUUAACGGACCUGGUUCUAACAGGAAGACGAGGUUCUGAUGGUGUCACUAAAGGACCGUGGAGAACCUGAUGCAGAACGGUUCCACCUGAACAGAACCCUGAAGGUUCCACAUCCACUGACUGACCAUGUUCUUAUAAAUAUUUUAAUUCACAUUUUGUGACAGAAGAUGAAACUCCUCCCCCUCCUCCUUCUCGUCCGCAUCUUCUUCUCCCUCCUCCUCUUCCUCCUCCUUCUCCUCCUUGUCUUCCUCUUCAUUCUCCUCUCUUCCUCCUUCUCCUCCCCCUCUUCCUCUUUAUCCUCCUCCUCCCCCUCCUCUUCCUCUUCGUCCUCUCACGCUUCCUCUUCGUCUUCUUCCUCCUCUUCCUCUUCAUUCUCAUCCUCCUCUCCUCCUUCUCCUCCUCCUCUCUGUAUUUUGGUACUGACCCUGGUGUGAGUGUGACAGUGUGUAUUUAUUCUCAUUGUGUUUAUUUGUUGUUGUGUAGUUGUUUCUUUUCUGACCUGCAUGAUUUGUUUGGUGUUUGUUUUUUUCUUUGAGUGUAAACAACUGUUAAACUGCACUAAGAUUAAAGUUUCACCUGGA